UGGGUUUAUUUCGCUUGGAGGAUUAAUAAAUCGGAUCUAUUACCCGUCAGCAUUGCUGGCACAUAAUUCCUUUAGCAACUUAAGAGAUCAUGCAGCCUACUGAGACCUGCUCUGUGUUCGAGGCCACUCAGAAUACAGCUUUAAUGGAUGGACUUUGCCUUGUCCUGGAAUCAACAGGAGAUGUCACCACUAUGACAGUUCCAGGGACUAAGCGACCAGAUCAAGCUAGUGUUGUCCUGGAGGUGUCUGACCGGAUGCACUGCUCUACCUGCUCAAAGCCCUUUGAGAGUCGGGAGGAGCAGACUGAGCAUUAUAAGCUAGAUUGGCAUCGUUUCAACCUAAAGCAGCGACUUCUGGGCCACCAGAUGCUCACAGCUGAAGAAUUUGAGAUGAAAACUCAAGCAGGUGAUGUCUCCAGUAUCUCUGGCUCGGAUUCCAGCAACUCUGACUUGGACAGUGAAUCUGAAUCCUCAUCUUACCAGAACAGUGAAGACAAAGGAAGCAGUCAUCAGAGUCCUUCACCACAUCCACGCUCUCAACGGGUUCUGUUCAGAAAUUCUCAAGGCCAGCUUAUUUCAGUUUAUCGCUGUGUGCUGAACACUAUGAAGGGCAGUACGGAGGAAUCUGCAGACCUGGUGACAUCGCUUCAGAAGCAGAGCCCCAAGACAUCGUGGGUUAUCCUGAUGGCUGGUGGGGGACACUUUGCAGGAGCCAUCUUUAAGGGGAACGAGGUACUGAAACAUAAGACUUUCCAUCGGUACACAGUACGAGCUCGCCGAGGUACAGCCCAGGGGGUGAGGGAAGUUCAAGGAUCUAUGCCAAAAUCUGCUGGGGCUUCACUGCGGCGCUACAAUGAGUUUGCCUUGCUCAAGGACAUUCAGGAAUUGUUGGCCAGCUGGGCAGGAGAUUUACAAGAAGCGGAGUGCAUCUUUGUUCGUGCCCCUGGAAGCAAUCGGGCUCGUUUCUUUGGCAGCAAAAAUGGUCCUCUUCAGCGUGAUGACCCCCGUGUCCGAGGCAUUCCCUUCAGCACUCGGAGAGCCACUUUCCGGGAGGUGCAGCGGGUGCAUGCGACUCUGAGCAACUUGCAAGUUUACGGAAGGGACACUGCAGUGGCAGAUCUGAUCAGUUCUCCUCGAAAGAGCUGGAAAAAAGUGGUUCAUCGCAAUGAAGCAUCUUCACAGCUUCAAGACACUGUCUUCCCAGCAAGGUCGGAGGAAGAGGAGGAAGGGGAGGAGGAAAGUCUGAAACAACUGGAAUUGGUGGAGGCAACACUAAGUACACUUGAAUUGCGUGAAUUUGAGGUGGCACCAAAACGGAAUCGCAAAAAGAAAAGGAAAAAAGCAAAAGCAGAGGCAGAGUCUCAUUCGGAAAGUUUGGCAGCUGUUCAAGAGCCCAAGCCCUUCUUAUCCAGACAAGAGAAGUCAACCGAGGACCAGAAGCACCUGGAACCUCAAGGCAGGCCCGACAUACCAGUGCAGGAUGCCUUGUUCACAGCCUGCAAGAUAGGAGACAUGACGACACUCCAGCAUCUUCUGGGGGUGGCUGAUAGCACAGCGGAUGAGGGAGUUGAGUGCAAUGCUUUGGCCUCACACGAGUUGCUCAACAUGCCCCUGGAUGAGAGUGGCUGGACCCUUUUGCAUGUGGCGGCGGCAGCAGGAAGAAGUGCAGUUGUGAGGCUGUUGCUGGAGACUGGGGCUGACCCUGCUCUCAGGGACAGACAAGAACAGCCUCCAUACUGUGUCUCUGCCACUAAGCAAACUCGUAAUGAAUUCCGGAGGUUCAUGGCUGAACACCCUGUGAAGUAUGAUUAUGUCCAGGCCCAGGUGCCUGGCCCCCUUACAGCUGAAAUGGAGACUAGGCAGACAGAGCGCCGCCGGGCACACAAGGCCCAACGGAAGCAGCGUGAGAAAGAGGAACGAGAGGUACAGCAGCUGUUAGAGAAAGAGGAGGAGGAGAAACGGCGUUUUGCCUUGCUGAGUGACCGUGAGAAGCGUGCUUUAGCUGCUGAGAGAAGACUUGCUGUCCAAUUGAAAGACUCUGGUGCACCUUUAACCAAUACCAGACGCUGCUGGCUUUGUGGAGAGUCACUGCUGGGCCGCAUUCCUUUCCAUUACCUUGACUUUUCCUUCUGCUCCACCAGCUGUCUGCGAGCUCAUCGUGAAAGGAAAGCUACCCCAUCCUAGCUAGGGGAUUUUUUUUUUUGGUUGUUUACAUACUAGUGGACUAUGCUUGCUAGAAUCUGAAUGGAAAUUAAACUACAUGGCUUGCUAUCACAUGUAUGGGAGAAUGAAGGACAGAACUGAGUAGGUGUUUCUGUGUGUCCGGGAGGCAAUGAAUGUGGGCAGCUGGUACCUACUGUUUGGGAUUCUUUUCUCCAUUUUAAGCCAGAAGGAUUUUACGUGAGGGAAAUGGGAGGGUUGAUACUCCUAGCUCUGAAAAAGGACAAACAUCUCUUUUACUAGCAAUGAAUAAAUCAAAACUGUUCAUUCUA